UUUUUUCCUCAAUUACACGUAAAAAUUAAAAAAAAAUAUAUCUUCCAUCUUAAAAUCAAUACUAUGUAUUGCUUCUGAGGCAGAAAAGCAGUAUGGGUGAGGUAAUGGGGGUUAAUUGACUAGCUAGGAAAGUAUCUGAGGCCACAUCUGAACCCAAGACCUUUUAUCUCCAGACCUGGUUAUUCACUGAGCCACCUAGCUGCCCCCGAUAGCAUAUCUUUUCUUAUAACUCAAUAAUAUUCUAUUACAAUCAUAUACAACAACUUGUUCAACCAUUACCUAAUUGAUGGGAAUUCUUCUAUUUCUAGUUCUUUGCCCACCACAAAAAAGAGUUGCUCUAAAUAUUUUUGUGCAGAUCGGUUCUUUCCCUUUGUGAGACAAUAUAAAGCACUUUGUAAACCUCAGAGUGCUAAUUAAAUGCUUGUUAUUAUUAGUGAGUUCCUCUUCCCUGAAGAGCUUUUUGCUUUGUCAGUUAUAUCACAGAGGAGACUUCUUUUCAGGUACUGAUUAGACUAGAUGACCUCUGAGGUCUCUUUCAACUACGAAAUUCUGUGAUUCUGAACCUGGUGUCACUUCCUCAUUGGGAAGAAACCAUUACAACACAAUCUUGGUAUUUCAGAAGACUACGCCAAAUGUGCAGUCCAUGACAGGAGGGAAAAGAGGUUGAGUAAUAGGGUAAAUAAUUGAGAAAUAAUUCAACCUGGAAAUGCUGUUUGACUAUUUUUAAAAUCUGCCCAUUUUCCAUAGCAGAUGAUAAAAGACAACUUUGCCCUCCCCUUAAGUGUCUGUGCCCAGCCAAAACAAAACAAAACAAAACAAAACCAGAAGGGAAAAUAAAAUGCCUGAAAGAAUAUAUUUAACCUUUAGAAAAGAAAAGCCAUCUCAGAGUUGAGAAACCUUCACUGAACCAUGCCUACCUUAUGUCUCAAGAUGGAUGAUUCCUAUCUGGAGGAUAUUAGCUUAGGUGCCCUGAUAAGGUGUAGAGUUGAGAUAUGCUACUUCUUGUUGUUAAAUGGUUUUUCAGUCUGUGAUCUCAUUUGAGGGUUUCUUGGCAGAGAUAUUUGGAAUAGUUUGUCAUUUCCUUCUCUAGCUCAUUUUUCAGAUGAACUGAGGCAAACAGGGUUAAGUGACUUGCCCAGGGGCAUACAGCUAGUGUCUGAGGCAGGAUCUGAACUCACAAAGACGAGUCUUCCUGCAUCUGGGUUUAGCAAUCUAUUCAACCGAGAUUAAUUUGGGCAGGGUGGUCCCAUUUGCUAGAUACAAAUAAGUAAUUUUUCCCUUUCCUAAGGGAGUUCUCCUGUUCUGAAAGCCUGAAUUGAUGGUGUAGAAACUGUUGGAAGGACCCCAGAUGUCUAGGCACUAAACAAACUUGUCAUAAAGUAGGAGAGAUCUCCUUCAUCACAGCUGCCUCCCUGUCAUAGAAAAAGGAAAGUGUGGUCCACCUAGAUGUUGAUGGGAGAGAAAACCUGAUCUGCCAAUCUUCAGCAGGACACAACUUAGCUAAUCAAAAUUCUCCCUUCCUUUCUCCAAGGGAAUUUUAAAAACAGCCUUCAGAUAAGAAGAGGUUGGCAUGGAGGUCCCUUUUCUCUUAUAGAAUCUCUAUACCCUUAGUUUAGACUUCUCUCCAAACUUGAUUCUGUUUAGGUACUGAAAACUAAAGUAUUUUUAAGUCAAAGGGUAGCAAGGGCUGAGUGAAGUCAAAGAUCUUAGCUUUUUGAGAUAGUUGGUCCCCCCCCCCCCAAUCUGGCAACAAUCUUGUCUUCUUAUGUAUCCCACAGGGAGUCCAGGUCAUAGAAGAUGUUCAAUAAAUACUUGAUUGAUUAAAAUGAGCUCAGGAAGCCCCGGUGUGUGGAUCUCCUUUCUCCAUCUGUGCAGGUCUCAGGUUACCAGAGGCCUCACUAGGCUGUGGGCUUCUGCUGCCUUAUUGCUCCCUGCCUGGGGCACACUGGAGCCCUCUCCAGUUGCCCCAGUCUGAAAGGGAACUCAAUAUGAGAAGGAGCACAUGGCCUCGUGAGGCCCCUCUCAUCACGGAGUAUCUUAAUGCAGUCUAGGGUCCAUUUCUACUGGAGAAUGCUUGCCAGAGCAGCAAGGUAGUUCGGCCUGCUUGGAAGGGAGUGGAGAGAGGGAAGGGAAGGGGCCAAAGCUUACUGAAUCGAGUUCCUGCUGCAUCUUCAUAGGCCCUGGAUCUUGCCUUUCUCUUCCAAAAGCAAGGCCAUGGUUUCUACGGCUAACCGGUGUUUCUAUCUACUCCUAAGUAAUCCCAAACCCCGAGCCCCCAAACAAUUCAGAUGCUCCUCCUAGGUUUCACUCAGUCGCCCCCCAUCCCCGACUCCAUCCUCUGGAUGAUGGUCUCCAGGCUAGUUCGCGCGUCCUUGAGUCUUCACAUACGCUGCUGGCGCUAAUGGUACCCCACUGGACUUGGCUCGCUUCGCCCAUCCCCAUAGUGUUGGGACCGCCCCCUGGCAGUGCACGCGCCUCCCUAAAUAGCCAGUGUGUGGUCCCCGCCCACCUUCUCCAGGUCUCACCCAGCCCCGCCUCCCGCGGCCUUUGGCCGGACUCGGUCCACUGUCGGCGCGCGCAGUAGAACCUUUCCCACGCCGCGCAGCGCGAGGCGCCCCCCGGCCUGAACCCUGCCCCGCCUCCGGCGCCCAGCCCCCACGGCGGCCUCAGGCGCUUCUGCGGCCGCCACCUCCAAAGCUGCGCAGGUCUGCUCGGGAGGGGGUUUCUGGCGGCUGGCCUCAGCUUGCGGUGCCCCCGAGGGGCGGGUCUCAGGGCCCCCUAGCUCCCGCCUCCGCCUCACCGGAGGGGCUGGGCCGCUUACGUCAGGGACCUGAAACCAAAGAGAAAAAAACCAAAAGCAAACCCGGUCGGCAGCGGAAGGGGAAAACUUUUUCUUCUCUUUUUCUCCUCGGGGCUGAAGUGCGAAGGGGAGGCGGAGGAGGCAGCAGGCGCUUCGCGGAGGAAGCCGGGGCCUCCCGGCUGUCCCGCCGCGCCCCUGGGGUCCAGGCCCAGGUUCGGGCUCCGGCUUCGAUUGCCGCGCGACCCCCAGGCCCCCACCCCCGAGGCCAGCAUGUGGGAGCCCGCGGACUUCGAGCGUCACUGGCGGGCCGAGUUCCCCGGGGAGCCGGUGCCCGCCAUGCAGUUGGACUCGGUACCGGCCAUGCAGGAGGAGCUGGAGCGUUGCAAGCUCAACCUGAAGCGGCUGCAACAGGUGCUGGCCGAGGAGAAGUUCAAAGUCAUCUACCUGCAGACCGCCUUGGCCCGGGAGAAGCGGGGCUACGACUGCGGCCGCUGGGAGGGCGGCGGCGGGGAGGGAGACUCCUGCUCCAGCUCCGGCCCAACCAAGGAGGAAGAAGAGGGGGUGGAGGCGGAGGAGGUGCGGGCGCCGACCGAGCUGGAGCACCCCCAGCCCCGACCCCAGCCCCAGCCCCAGCCCCAGCCCCGGCCCCGGUCCCGGCCCCAGCCCCGGCCCCGAACCCGGCCGGAGCCCCACAAGGAGCCCAGCUCUUCGGACAGCGGCCCAGGCGGCCUUGCCUCUGUCCCCCGGACCAAGUCUCCCCACUAUGUCAACCUGGAGUUUCCUGCGUGGCGGGGGACGCCCGGGGAAGGGGGAGCCGUGCUGAGCUUGACCGCCGCCAUCCACCAGCAGCUACAGCAGCCGCAGUUGCUUUUGAGGCCCCGAGAGGAGCAGGAGCCCGAGCUCGAGCUCGAGACGGAGCGCGCCCUUGGGAAUGGCAGGCGUCCGGAGGGGUCCGCACAGUCGCCCUCAGCCCUGGUUUCGGAGUCCCCGGGAGCUAGCCCGGAGGAAGGCGAGGAGCUGUCCCCUGCGGCACCCGAGGACACGGAGCCGGAGGCCCUUGUCGCAGCCGAAGAGGGCGGGGACAGCGACCACGACUUCGAGGUGGUCGAUCUAAACGAGAAAUUCGUCCUGGGCCACCUGCUCCUGGCACCCUGCCGCUUCCUGCCCCGGGAGGACACGCCUGAAAAGCCCCUCCGGGCAGGCAGCCCCCACCGUUGGCUGCACCUGAUAGGGGGCAAACGGCACCGGCGCAGCCGGGACCUGGAUCAGCUGGAGGCGGAGGGCAAGGACGGGCGGUGCUCGCCUCUGCCACCGGAGGAAGCCCACUUCCGUGGGGCCCGUGAGCAUCUCCCGCCCUGGAGGCGCAAGAAAUUAUUGGGGGUGCCAGGCCGAGACUCACCGGGCCAUAGCUCCCCGGAGAGGGGCAGCGACUGCAGCUACAACAGCUCAGACCACGAGGAUGUCUCUUCUGCAGACUUCAGCUACGGGGCCGACGACUACGACGGGGAGGGGAAUGAGGAGCAGAAGGUGCCACCCGAGGGCUCGGAGACCAUGCCGUACAUUGAUGAGUCGCCCACCAUGUCCCCUCAGCUCAGUGCCCGGAGCCAGGGUAGUGGGGAUGGCAUCUCACCCACCCCACCAGAAGGUUUGGGACCUGUGGUGGAGGCAGGGAAAGGUCUGGAAAUGAGGAAGCUGGUCCUCUCAGGAUUCCUGGCCAGUGAAGAGAUCUAUAUCAACCAAUUGGAAGCAUUACUGCUGCCCAUGAAGCCACUCAAGGCCACAGCCACCACCUCCCAGCCCGUGCUCACCAUCCAGCAGAUUGAGACCAUCUUCUACAAAAUUCAGGACAUCUAUGAGAUCCACAAGGAAUUCUAUGAUAACCUCUGCCCCAAGGUACAGCAGUGGGACAGCCAAGUCACCUUGGGCCACCUCUUCCAGAAACUGGCCAGCCAGCUUGGUGUGUACAAAGCCUUUGUGGAUAACUAUAAAAUUGCUUUGGAGACGGCCGAGAAAUGCAGCCAGUCCAACAACCAGUUCCAGAAAAUCUCCGAGGAGCUCAAAGUCAAAGCCCCCAAGGACUCCAAGGACAGCCACACGUCCGUCACCAUGGAAGCACUGCUUUACAAGCCCAUCGAUCGUGUCACGCGGAGUACCCUCGUCCUCCAUGAUCUCCUCAAGCACACCCCAGUGGACCAUCCUGAUUACCCACUACUCCAGGAUGCCCUGCGCAUCUCCCAGAACUUCCUAUCCAGCAUCAAUGAGGAUAUCGACCCCCGCCGGACUGCAGUCACUACCCCUAAAGGAGAGACCCGGCAGCUGGUGAAGGAUGGGUUCCUCGUGGAGAUGGCAGAGAGUUCAAGGAAGCUUCGACAUGUCUUCCUCUUCACAGAUGUCCUCCUGUGUGCCAAGCUGAAGAAGACAUCUGUGGGGAAACAUCAGCAGUAUGACUGCAAGUGGUACAUCCCACUGGCAGACCUGGUUUUCCCAUCCCCAGAGGAAUCAGAACCUAGCCCUCAAGUGCACCCCUUCCCAGACCAUGAACUAGAGGACAUGAAGAUGAAGAUUUCUGCCCUCAAGAGUGAAAUCCAGAAGGAGAGAGCCAGCAAAGGUCAGAGUCGAGCCAUUGAGAGGUUAAAGAAGAAAAUGUUUGAAAACGAGUUCUUACUGCUGCUGAAUUCCCCAACGAUACCCUUCCGUAUCCACAACCGCAAUGGAAAGAGCUACCUGUUCCUACUGUCUUCAGACUAUGAGAGGUCGGAGUGGAGAGAAGCAAUUCAGAAACUACAGAAGAAGGAUCUCCAGGCCUUUGUAUUGAGUUCAGUGGAGCUCCAAGUUCUUACAGGUUCCUGUUUCAAAUUGCGAACUGUUCAUAAUAUUCCCGUCACCAGCAAUAAAGAUGAUGAUGAGGCCCCAGGACUCUACGGCUUCCUGCAUGUCAUCGUCCACUCCGCCAAGGGGUUUAAGCAGUCUGCCAAUUUGUACUGUACAUUAGAAGUGGAUUCAUUCGGUUAUUUUGUCAGCAAAGCAAAAACAAGGGUGUUUCGAGACACAACGGAGCCCCAGUGGAAUGAGGAAUUUGAGAUCGAGCUGGAGGGCUCUCAGUCCCUGAGGAUUCUCUGCUAUGAGAAAUGCUAUGAUAAGACCAAGGUCAACAAGGACAACAAUGAGAUCGUGGACAAGAUCAUGGGCAAAGGACAGAUCCAGCUGGAUCCGCAGACCGUGCAGACAAAGAACUGGCACAUGGAUGUGAUCGAGAUGAACGGGAUCAAGGUGGAGUUCUCCAUGAAAUUCACCAGCCGGGACAUGAGCCUGAAGCGGACCCCAUCCAAGAAGCAGACGGGAGUCUUUGGGGUGAAGAUUAGUGUCGUAACAAAGAGAGAGCGCUCCAAGGUGCCCUACAUCGUCCGACAAUGUGUGGAGGAGGUGGAGAAAAGAGGCAUUGAGGAAAUUGGAAUCUACCGGAUUUCUGGGGUGGCCACUGACAUCCAGGCACUGAAGGCUGUCUUUGAUGCCAACAAUAAGGAUGUUUUGGUGAUGUUGAGUGACAUGGACAUCAACGCCAUCGCGGGGACCUUGAAGCUUUAUUUCCGGGAGCUCCCGGAGCCCCUCCUCACAGACAGACUCUACCCAGCCUUCAUGGAGGGCAUCGCGCUCUCGGAUCCUGCUGCCAAGGAAAACUGUAUGAUGCACCUUCUCCGUACUCUUCCUGACCCCAAUCUCAUCACUUUCCUCUUCUUGCUAGAACACUUGAAAAGGGUUGCUGAAAAGGAACCUAUCAACAAAAUGUCCCUUCACAAUCUGGCCACUGUGUUUGGCCCAACAUUACUGAGACCGUCCGAGGUGGAGAGCAAAGGACACCUGACCUCCGCCUCGGACAUCUGGUCUCACGACGUCAUGGCGCAGGUCCAGGUCCUCCUCUAUUACCUGCAGCAUCCCCCCAUCUCCUUUGCAGAGCUGAAACGGAACACACUGUACUUCUCCACGGACGUUUAGCACAGGCACGGGUGGCGUGGGGUCCGCCACGGGGGCACCGGCCCUCCCAGCUGGGCCCUGGGGCUCAGCACAGACUGAAAAACCAAUUGACCGACCACCCCACCAAACUGAGAUGGAGCAAAGCAGACGCCAAGGAAACUGGAACAUGUGCGUUUCCUGUACAGCCUUGUAUAAAGCUGGCCUCGUCCUCCCUCUCUGCCCCCAUGGCCCCGCUGUGCUUCUCCCUGCCCCUCUGUAUUUCUGCUCCUGUCUGAUGCCCCGUGGUGUUCAGGAGUUGUUUUAUGUAUAUUUGUCAUGCAGAAGAAGGUAGCGACUGACCCAGGCUGGGCACCCAGACGGCCCGCUUCCUGCUUUCAUUCCUCCGGCGUUUUCAUUCCUUCCGAGUCUAAAUGCAAAGGUUUUGAGCUUGCUCUGUGUGACUUCUGCCAAGUUGCCCAUUCCUGGCACUGCUCCCAGGAGCCCUCCUCUUUGCUUCCUUCACCCAACUCCUACCCCGCGCCCCUGCAUGUGAAGCCUCAGCUCGGCUCUACUCGCCGGGGAGAUCUCUCCAAGGAGGUGCCGCGUUCGACUUUGCCUUGACAUCAGGGAGGCUGUUGGACCAUGAGAUGGGGCAGCGCCAACCCCCUGAGCUCCAAGCAAGGGCCAGGGAUGACUCUGGGAGGUGCCACUUGGGGAUCUCUGCUCCUGGGGGUGGAGUAUAAGGUUCCUUCCUCCAUCCCGUUCCUCACUUUAUAAGCCCACCUCCAGGAGGAACCUUGGACUUUUCUCUCGGGUUUCAGUUCCUUUCUCCCUUGUAUUCUUCUUCCUUUGCGUGCAGAGACUCGUGGGUGACUUGCUGUCCAUCCAGAGGGUUUGGGGGAAUCUUCACACACGAGGGUGUUUGUGACCUUGGGCAUGUCAAUUCUCUAAUCCUCAAGUUUCCUCAUCUGCCAAAUGCAGGACCUGGACUAGAAAACCUUGAGGCGUCUUCCUAUCCUCUACGUCUCCUAUCCUGGGGGAAGAGGAGAAUCUGGGCCGCUUCUCCCCAUUUUUGUUCAUGGGUUAGAAAGUGAGAGGCAUGGAGUGUGACACUGGGGGUGCUGAGAAAGGGGAGAGGUGGAAGGUGGAGCCAGAGAGGCAGCUCUGAACAGGGGACUAGCAACUAUUGUCCCUCUGGAGCUCGUCUUCCCUGAGGCGACAAAAAAGGAAGGAACCAGGGGCCCAGAAAAGGAGGCAGCCUUCAGCUGUAGGGGAGUAGAGGCCCUUGGAACCCCCAUUGGACCUCCUGAGUACCUUUGCCUUAGACCCGUGAGCUCUGCAGCCAGGCCCUGCCACUGGGUAGCCCCUUGUGCCCUCCAGGAGAUCCAGUAGGAUCUCAGAGUCCUUGACUACCACCCCAGCGAGCAGGAGAGGGUAGGUCAGCCACAGUACUGGCCUCCUUUCCUGUCUUGCCAGUCCCUGGGGUAGGAACAGCUCGAGGCCUGGGCACUUCAGCUGGCCUCCAUGGUGCUGUCCUUUGAGAUGCCACUCAUUCCCGCCUAGCUAGGGGAAGCGAGUGAUCUGGCCUCUUGGAGGGCUCUCCAGACUGGCUGACACAUACCCAGUUCUUGUGGGGGACCAAGUUGCACUCCCCAGCCAAACACUGGCAACUCCUGCAUGACUGUGGAGCAAAGGUGGAAAGGAAGGUGGAUUCUCAGCUUACAGGGCAGCUGCCCAGUGCUGGGAAGAGGAGGGAAGCCCCCAAAUCUGAACCGUUGGGCGGCCCAUCCCACUGAGCUUUCCAUCCAUGCAAUGAUGACAUGAUAUAGUUAGCUUACAAAAGCGUGGCUCCCUGGGCGUUUGAGGUUCCGAAGAUUGACACCAGUUUAUUCCUGGGCCUGCUUUGCCUGGCCGGUGCCCAGGGAUAAACUUUGAUUGAGGGCUUCUGGAAGAUGCCAGCCCCUUUGGUGAGAAGCAGCGCCCUCUCUGGUCACCCUUUUCUCUGGUGUCCAUGACCUGGAUCUAGCCAUGCUCUGGCAAUGUCAGAGAAAGGAAAAUGGUGACAGAGACCCUCCCUGAGCAGCAGAGCUACACCUGCAGGGAAAGGCCUCGCUUCUAGGAUGCCAGAUGAAAAGAGGCAACACCCAAGUCCAAAGGCCUUGGCACACCAGACAGCCUCCUGCACUAUGGGCCCAUUCUUUGGCUUCCACAUCACGGCAGAGGGUUGGAUGGCAAGCUUGACUGGGGCUGGCAGCAGCUGAAGCGGAGUCCUCUCUCCCAACCCCUCUACCUAGAAGCCGGGGGGAAAGAGAAGCAACUUCUCACUUCUUAGGGAGGCAGCUGCUGCCGCCCUGAGCCCUGCAGAGGAGAAAGGAGAGUGGGAGAAAAGUAGAGGCUAGGCAGAAGGAGAAAAGAACAGUCUCCAUAGAUUCCCAGACCCACAAUGGGAAGAAGGUACUAAGCCAGGACAAAGCUGUACAGGAGAGACCCUUCGGCUUCCCAAGGUAGGGAGCCGGGGGAGCCAGGUGCCCAGAAAACAGGCUCUGGCUCUCCCCCGCCCUCCAUGCCACCUCGCCCUCAUCUGUGCAGGGCCUGGGCGACUUGGAGAGUUGUGUGGAUACAGGUAGGAUAGGACUGACUGUUCAUUAAUAAUUUUACUUUAAUAAGUUGGUAAGGAUAUAUUUUUUUGUCUGUGUUGUUUCAAUUAUGUAGAUUAUUAUAAAUGGAUGUAAACCCUGUGAGAGGAACAUGUUAAUAAAAAUGCAAAGCCCCAACGUUUGCACAAAACA